ACUGGCGCAGCAAAAGCAGAAUAAGGUGGUUGGACAAUUAUUUUGUCCGCCCCAUCAAACGACAAGUCGAAUUGAGUUGAAAACUUCUACUAUCUUGAUCGGGCGGUGGGAUUUUGAAGUCUAAAGGAAGCAUAUUUUUACAGAGUAAUUAGGCAAGCAUAUCUUCAAUUUAAAAUAUAUCAAGAUGGUGCCAUUGCGCAAGGUUUUGUGUUAUACAUAGACAUUGCUAAAGGACACACCUUUCCGCCGUAUAUUUAAGACUCUGAACCCAAGCAAUUGACACACCCAGAACCCAUUUCAUUACACUAUUAAAAUAAAAAGAGCAAGUGAAUAACAACAAAGAAAAUUAAAAGGUAGAAUAUGGAGCCACAGAACCAAUACAAGAAAGGCUUAUGGACAGAGGAAGAAGACAAGAUCCUGAUGGACUAUGUAAACCUUCAUGGGAAAGGAAAAUGGAAUCACAUUUCAAAGAAGACAGGGUUGAAAAGAUGUGGAAAGAGCUGUAGGCUAAGGUGGUUGAAUUACUUAAGCCCUAAUGUGAAAAGAGGGAAUUUUACUGAAGAAGAAGAAGACCUUAUCAUUAGACUUCAUAAUCUUCUUGGAAACAGGUGGUCACUGAUUGCAAAACGAGUGCCUGGAAGAACUGACAAUCAAGUGAAGAACUACUGGAAUACCCAUCUGACGAAAAAGCUGGUUACUACUAAAGAUGAAAAUGGUAGGCUUAUUAACACCAGAACAAGCAUUGUUGCUGCUUCUGUUUCUACCUCAUCAAACUCCUCCAAGGAAUGUCUCAACACUGAAAUUACUCACCAGGAUCAAGUCUCAGACACACAUCAAGAGAUCAUGUUCAAGGACAGUACUUGUGCAAGUCCUUUCUGGUUUUUUGAUGAUGCAAUUGCAAAUGAGUUCUUGGAUGGAUAUUCUUUUGAUAAUUUUGCUUGGAAUUAGUUAGUAUUAGUAAUAUUACUCAUAAUAAUUAUCUUGUAAGUAUAGAAUAAUUAUUGAAUUAUUAUAUCUAUAUAUUGAAUUGUCUUUUUCCUA